UGGAUGUAUCAAACUCAUAAAGAUAUAUUUCAUGAUGUUGAGGUAAUUAUUCCUGUACCAUUACAUAGAUUACGUCUGUUUAGACGUAAAUAUAAUCAAGCAGCUUUACUUGCAAAAGAGUUGGGCAAGUUAUCCAAUCUAUUUUAUGCGCCUUUUUCAAUAAAACGGCUUAGCAAUACCAAACCUCAAUCCGGGCUUUCGCUGAAGCAACGUGAAAAAAAUUUAAGAAAAGCUUUUAGUGUAUGUAAUAAGGAGGUUAUUAAAGGUAAAAUUGUUAUGCUAGUUGAUGACGUGGUAACAACUGGAGCAACCGUUAGGUCCUGUGCUCAAGCAAUUUUAGAUUGUGGUGCAAAAGAAGUAAGAGUGUUAUCUCUUGCUAGAACAGUAGCUGACUGUCUGAAGAUAAAAACUACUGAAUAA